CUCCUCCGUCCAUCUUACUGUGAAAGAGUUGGCCGUCUUCCGCCCCGGCACUUCCGGUCCUUCCGCCGAGCGCCACACUGGUCCCGGUAUUGACUCGCUGUGCCACACUGGUCUCUGUAUUGACUCACAACCUCGGCCGUCUUUCGUUGGCGCAGACAUGGCAGAAGCCAUCCAGAAGAAGCUGAAGGCGGAGGUGGAGAAGUACACGCUCACGCAGAGAGACGUCAAGAAGAGCAUGGCGGUCCGGCAGAAGCUGGAGGCGCAGCUGGCGGACAACAACAUCGUCAGAGAGGAGCUGGAGCUGGUGGACAGCUCCAACACCGUCUUCAAACUGAUCGGCCCCGUGCUGGUGAAGCAGGAUCUGGAGGAGGCGAAAGCGACGGUGGCCAAGCGUCUGGAGUACAUCAGCGGCGAGAUUCAGAGGUACGAAGCCACCCUCAAAGACUUGGAGGAGAAGUCUGACAAGCAGCGCGAGGUCCUGGCCAGUUUACAGCAGGAGUAUCAGAAGGCUGAAGGCCUCGCCGGCGGGAAGGUCUGAGGAGCGAGUGCUGCCAUCCAAACCGUUCAGGGUGGACGAUGCUGACUUGACUCGUUUGUCAUGUUCAUUUGCAAAUGUGUUCUCUGACUCUUGUAACGAAAUAAACCUGUUUUUUUUUCAA